AUGCGUCGGAUGGUGGACGCUCGACAUCGUCACUUGGUCCUUUGGAUUUGCGAGUCCUACUGCACUCCUAGAAAGGUGGUGCAUCAAAUCGCAUACCUCGGUGCGGAUUCUAGAAGCGGACAGACGGUCCUAUAUGCCAACUGGAGCACAGUCUCUAAACAAGGGCCUCAAAAUCUCGAUAUAAACGAGGACAUCGGCGAUCAAACACAGAAAAAUUCACCCGGCCGAGAGAAGAAUCGGAGAGCUUCGGAUCGAUGCAGCGCCGAUGAUGACGUCGAGCUUCGACGCGCCUCACGUGGCGCAAGAGUCCUGUACACUUCCCGUCAAGGUCUUCUGCCUCGAUGGAGCAACAAGGUGCCGUUGCAAAGCUGCCGACUAAGUGUCGUAAUAAGGGCCGGUGAGCUGGAGCCGUCUCUUGACAUGGUCGUACGACCUGCUGACGAGAGAUGCUUCGACGGGAUCGGAACGACCGCCACUCCCGGAGUGAGUUCGCCUUUCAGAGUGGGCUGUGUUGCCACGGCUUUGAAAACUCAUCAUUACAUGGGAAGUUCGCCAGAAGGUCUCCAGCCUUUCCCUCCAGCAACAAUCGGGGAUCUCGGGGCCGGCAAAUGUGGAAAAGCAGCGGUUGCAGACCGCUAUGUGGACGAACUCGGCGAGCAACCGUUUCGUUUCAAUCAGCUCAUCACUGGUAGCGUCGAGGGUUUCUCGUACACCCAGGCCAACAUCAACAAGGGUGUCACCUGGGACGAGGAGACCCUCUUCGACUACCUCCUCGAUCCAAAAAAAUACAUUCCCGGCACCAAGAUGGCUUUUGCCGGUCUGAAGAAGGAGAAGGACCGCAACGACCUGAUCACGCACCUCAAGGAGGCCACCAAGUGA